GAUUUGUUGAUUAGUCAGUGGUAAACUGAAUACAAAUUUCGUCGCACAACACGCAAAAUGAAACGGAGAGGAGUUAAAAAGGCACAAAAAGCAGAAGAUGACUCUAAUGGAGUAGAAGAUUCUGUAGAAAAAAACGGCGGUGCUUCAGAUGUAGAGCAGGAAAGCGAUGAGCCACCAAAAGAUAAGAAGAGAAAAUCUAAAUCAAAUCGAAAAAAUGCGUCUUCACCUGGCAAAAAAACAGUUGACGAACCAGUGGAAGAAGCUGACCCUCUUGAAGAUGUUGAAGAAGUAAAGAAACCGAAAGAAAAAACCAAAAAGUCGAAGGCAGUAUCUGAUGAGGAAGAAGAAGAUGGUGAAGGUGAGGACGAGACCCAGUACGAGGUGGAGAAAGUUAUCGACGAUAAAAUGAUCGCUGGUGUUCGCCAUUAUCUGAUUCGCUGGAAAGGCUAUGGUCAAGAUGAUGAUACAUGGGAACCUGAAGACACUUUAAAUUGUCCAGGCGCCAUAAAAGCAUUUAAGGAUUCAAAGAAAAAGACUAAGGGUGCUAAAGAUAAAGUCAAAAAAGAUAGUGAAGAGUGGGACGAAAAUGAAGACUUUGAGGUUAAUCGAAUUUUGGAAGUGCACCAUACCAGAAAUGGCAAGAGAGAGUUUCUUGUAUCCUGGAAGGGAUUUCAGCCAAAAGACAAUUCCUGGGAACCAGAAGAGAAUAUGAAUUGUAAAGAUUUAAUUGAGAAAUUUAUGCAAAAGGUCGAAAAAGCUAAAAGUCUUGAUGACCGCGAACUUAGAGUAAAUAGAAAACGUGUGCAUCGUUUAACUUACAAUACACCAGACUCAUCUCGCCGCCUUAGUAGAAGAAUGAGCGGGAAAGAAAGGGUUCAAUACCACGAUGGAGAAUAGAAUUAGUACAAAUACAUAACAUAAUCCUUAUAGGUUAUAAGAGAUAAUGUUUUAAUAAAUAUAUCCUGACUAUAUUAUUAUAACAUAACAAGAAAUUUUUACUCAGAAUCUUUCCAUAUUCAAAAUAUUUUUCUUUUUAGGGUCCAAUACCACGAUGCAGAAUAGAAUUAGUACAAGUACACAGCAUAAUGCUUAUAGGUUAUAAGAGAUAAUGUUUUAAUAAAUAUAUCCUUACUAUAUUAUUAUCUUUCUUUAAUUAAAAUAAAAGUUUUUUACAUUGGAUGUCAUAUAAAGUAUUGUUUUAUUUAUCAGAUUAUGUAAGAGAUUUGUUUAUGUAUUUGUAAAUUCAUUAUUAAAAAAUGUUUUAAAUUUUUUCCUAAUAAAAUGUGUC